ACACCCUACUAUUCCUCUUGUCUGCAAUAGAAUUGUACUUUACAACUUCAAACCCCAACAAGCCCAAUCAUUAUUUGAAUGAAUUCGUUGGAGCAAGGGUGUGCGGAAGGUAAUAGAAAUCCAGUUGGCAGCACAAGCGGAAACAACAACGCAAUAGAUACGAGCUUUCCUCAGGAAGAAGACGGCGAUUGCCCUCCACACCGCGGAACCAAGGGAGGACUCAGCAUACCAAUUUUGGCAGACUUGCUAGCCCUAAUUGUUAAGGGUAUCUCUUCUUCCUCCGAUAAUAAAAAUGUAGAGGCGAUAUUGCUUCGAGAUGUUAUAAAAAUUACAGAAAAGUCCGGCCUUUGUACUGAGAUGGAAAGCCAGGGAGAAAGCUAUGUGCGACGAUUCGUAAUGAAGAGGCUGCGCUGCGCAGGAUACGAUGCAUGUAUUUGCGAAUCGCGGUGGAAGCAAGUUAACGGCUACCCUGCAGGCGAUUACGAGUACAUUGUUGUGAAUAUGGAGGCGCCUUCAUUCAAGCCCAACACCGACGAUCGUUUAUUGGUGGACAUCGAUUUCAGGUCGCAGUUUGAGAUUGCUCGGCCCACGGCAGAGUACAGUGCGCUGCUACAAAUGCUGCCGAGUUGCUUUGUGGGGAGGGCAGAUAAGCUCCGCGUGAUGAUCAAGAUCAUGUGUGACGCCGCCAAAAUAUCUCUGAAAGCAGAAGGAUUGCACCUGCCGCCGUGGAGGAAAUAUCGUUACGUGGAAUCCAAAUGGCUGGGCCCCUCCACGCGCUCCGCUCGGCCCAUGUGUUAGAUGGAAUUGGGUUGCACCGGGUCUGCCUUAACUCCCCAUUUAAGGUUUACUUUAUAAGAAACGUAAGGCCAUUUGUAGAGACAAUUAGGAAUAUAAUAGCUUGAAAGAUUGGCAGCCCGACGACUAGGUUUCUCUAGUCUCACUUGACCAAUUCUCUAUACGAACACCCUAAGAAAAUGAUACUUUUCCUAAGACCAAGAAAACCAUAAUCGAAUCUCUCAUAAUUGUCAAUCCAUAUUGCUCAAAUCUUUUUAAUAUAUAUUUAUUUGCAUAAGGUCAUAGAUAUGCCACUAUGCUGACAAAAUUUAUUAGAAAACAUGUGCAACUAA